CGUCGCAGCCAGAGUGACGUGUAGGCGCUGGCAGCCAGAGUUCCCGGGCACAGUCGGCUUUGGCGGGGACCGCUACGGCAGUGAUGACUGAUGAUGACUCCGAGAGCGUCCUCUCCGAGUCCCAUGAAGGGUCGGAGCAGGAGCUGCCUGUUAUCCAGCUGUGUGGGCUGGUGGAGGAGCUCAGCUAUUUAAACUCUGCUCUCAAAACUGAGACAGAGAUGUUUGAGAAAUAUUACAUUAAGCUGGAGCCCAGGGAUCACCAACUUCCACAAUCAUCAGAAAUUAAAAUGUCAGCAGCAGAUUAUGCACAGUUUCGAGGCAGGCGUAGAACCAAAUCCCGGACAGGUGUGGAUCAUGGGGUGGGCCUGACUGUCGACCAAAAACUCGAGCUAGUACAAAAGGAGCUGGAAGACACAAAGGAUGACCUACAGCACAUGCGGGCAAAUGCAGAACGCGACCUGCAGCAUCAUGAGGAGAUCAUGGAGGAGGCUGAAAUUCGAUGGAAUGAAGUUGAGAGAGCAGUGCACGAGUUUGAAAAAGAUAUUCUAAAAUCCAUAUCUAAGAAGAAAGGGAGUAUUUUGGCCACUCAGAAAGUGCUGAAGUACAUCGAGGACAUGAACCGCCGGAGGGACAAUAUGAAGGAGAAAUUAUGUUUGAAAAAUGUUUCUCUCAAAGUUCAGAGGAAAAAAAUGGUUUUACAAUUGAGGCAGAAGGAAGAGGUGGGUGAAGCCCUUCAUGAGGUUGAUUUUCAGCAGUUGAAGAUAGAGAAUGCUCAAUUUCUAGAGACAAUUGAAGCAAGGAAUCAAGAACUGACCCAGCUAAAGCUGUCAUCUGGAAACACUCUACAGGUCCUCAGUGCCUACAAAAGCAAGCUUCACAAGGCAGUGGACAUGUGCAUCAGUCUGGACAAGGAGAUCUUGCUGAGGAAAGAGCUACUUGAAAAAAUUGAAAAAGAAACGCUACAAGUAGAGGAGGACCGGGCCAAAGCCGAGGCAGUGAACAAGAGGCUCCGGAAGCAGCUGGCCGAGUUCCGGGCACCACAGGUGAUGACUUAUGUCUGGGAGAAGAUCUCAAAUGAGGACCUGGAGAAGAGCAUCAAGAUGUGGGAAAGGAAAGUGGAGAUAGCAGAGAUGUCCUUAAAAGGCUACCGUAAGGCUUGGAGUCGAAUGAAAACAACCAAUGAACAGUUGCAGGCAGAUUACCCUCAUGAGAAGUAGCCAGAGGCAGGCCACUGCUUACAGACCCAGACAUCAGCUAUUAAAGUAAUCAGCUCCUUUCUAGUCACAGGCUCCUCUCACUGUUCUGUGUCUGCCUGGUGUUCCCAACUUCCUGGCCAGGCUGAGCAUCACCUCUUGGGCCACAUCUGCUCAUGGGGAGCGUUUUCACAACCUGGUCCCUGGAACUGUUACCACUGAAAGAACCACAGCGUACUCUAAUGGUUUGACACUUGUUAGCCUGCAUUUAGUUCACAAGCACAAUGAAAGUGACCUUCCCACACAUGGAAGUGGGACAGAGGAGGGAGAGCCAGCCCAGUGUGCACCAUGGGUGUAUCCGUGGCAGCUCUGGUGUGCCACUAUCAAAAACAGACACCAAAACAGCAUGGUGAAUGCCUGGCACCCAGCGUUCUGAGCUUACUCUUCAGUUUGGUGGGGUAGCCCCUGGACUAGAUAUUACUGCAAAAGAAAACAAGCACGAAGGAAACCAAGAUGAUUUCUUCUGGCUGAUGCAGCCUGUUCUGACCUGCAGAAGACCCACCUUCCCCUUCCUCUCCACCGUAAUAGUCAUAGUAUAAGGGUUGUACAGAUGGCUCAGGAGACCUGCCUGAUUCCCUUACACCCUUCUCCCUAACAUCUAGAUCAUCUCUAGAUGCUAGCUGUGAAUGCAUGGUGGUCCUUCUUUGUCCCUGGAAGUAUGAUCCAAUGUGGCUCAGUUCAGAAUCAGAAUAUGUCUUCUGUGUCAUGGCAUUUGGUCCAUGGUGGGAGAAAGAAAUCAACUUUUCCCAGUGGUGAAGUGAAGAUAGGGGAGGGCCGGCCAUCUCAGCCGUGGACGUGAUCCAGUUGCUGUAGUCUUCCACCUUGGUGUACAGAAACAGGCCGGGGCAUGGCUCACCACCGAAGUUCAGGACUCCUCUCAGAACCCACAUGUCGAACUGCUGUAGCUGGCACAUCACUGGGCUUCCUGGCUCCCCCUGUGACAAAAGACAGAAGGCUUCAGGGCUUAGAAAAACUAGGUUUUGUUGUAAGUCCAUCUUGGUGCAAUAUACUUUUUGUCCUAGAAAUGUUUAUACUGGUUCUCACUGGAAAUGGGGCAAAUGAUAGGAUGCGAUUUCAAAUCUAGGCAGCCACCCACCAUGGAUUCCAACAAGAUGACUUUUCCUUUUAUUAUGCAAAUUAGCUGUGACUUCUUCGGGUUGCCGAUACCUUCCUGGUUCAUAUUUCAUUUUCUUGCCCCUUUCCAGUCCUUUGGCCAAACCCUCCCUCUCUUCUGGCUUCUCAUUCCUGAAAUGUUGGUAUUUGUUUCCGUUCUGGCCUGAAAUGCUCACCUUUCCCCUUCUCCUCUCUGCCUUGCUUCGACCCUUAGUUUAAGCCACUUCCUGCCACCUGGCAGCUGCUCACCAGCUGGCUGGCUGUGCUCUUGGUUUUCACCAUUCCCAAGGGAGCAGGCCUCUGGGACCUGGGAAUUCUGCCACACACACUUUACCUAACUCAAGGUGAGGGAAUAGAAGCUUGGCAUCCUUAGCUAGAUAUGGGACCUUGGCAAGUGACCAAAUCCUCUCUGAGCCAAAGUGAGAACACAGUUAUAUGAUCCCACUGUAAUACCUGGCACAGCACACACUAAAUAGAAUAUUAGCUACCAUCCUCUUGAUGUCUCUACAAAAGCCAUCGUCUUUCUGAAAAGCUGGGGAAAAUGGAAAGGCAACAAGGCAAUUACUAGGCAUCCUUUACCUCACCCACCGCGACCCCACACCCCUAGGUCUCCUCUCAAAGGAAUUCCUGCCCCUCCCGUGGCCCAUCUUGGUCGGGGAAGAGGGUGGUCAUCCCCAGGUUAGCCAGCUGGCUCUGACCUAUGUGGCCUGCCUGGCUGGAAGGCCUGGGCAAUGAAACGUUGUUCUCAUUGUUUAGAGUGGGGCUGCAAUUGACCACAGGAAGCAAUCUGAACAGACUCAACCACAAGCAGCAGAAAGGCAGAAAAGUGGCCGCCUCAACGGCCCCAGCCCCGGCAUUUGUUUUGAGAUGGAGUCUCUCUCUGUAUCCCAGGCUGAAGUGCAGUGGUGCAAUCUCGGCUCACUGCAACCUCCACUUCCCAGUUUCAAGUGAUUCUCCCACCUCAGCCUCUUGAGUAGCUGGGGCUACAGGCAUGUGCCACCACACUCAGCUAAUUUUUUUUGUUUUGUUUUUGAGAUGGAGUCUUGCUCCGUCACCCAUGCUGGAGUGCAGUAGAGAGAUCUCGGCUCACUGCAACCUCCUCCUCCUGGGUUCAAGCAAUCCUCCUACCUCAGCCUCCCCAGUAGCUGGGAUUACAGGCACCCACCACCAUGCCCAGCUAAUUUUUGGAUUUUUCACCAUGUUGGCCAGGCUUGUCUCAAACUCCUGACCUCAAAUGAUCUGCCCACCUCGGCCUCCCAAAGUGCUGGGAUUACAAGCAUAAGCCACCAUGCCCAGUGGGGUAUUCUAUUUCAAUAAAGCUCCCUUUUUUCCUCGGGAUUCACACCAGAACAGAGAUGAAGAUGAGUGAGAAAAGAAGGGAGCAACUCCAUGAGCAGGGCGGCAGGAAGGCCGAGCUCUAAAAGCUGCCGUGAUUCCCUGGUGGUUUCUCAGCAGGCCAAAGCCAGACACAUGAGGAAGGCCUUGUGGACUUCAUUCUGUGCCUCUCCUUGGACGGAAGCGUGUGCUUUAGUGCGGAACUCUUGACUUUUCAGUUGACUGGUGAACAAGCCCUUAUGUGCACCUCACUGUGUCUGUCUAGGACAUGGGGGCUCCCUGGCUAAGAAUGCCCCCUUCAUCAGUCCCAUUUGCAGUUUGUCUUAACUGUAGUGAUAUAGCCAGAGCAAGAAAAGAAUGCAAUUUAGGACAAAUGAUUGGAUGAAUGAUUGGCAGAUGUUCUGGGCUGUGACAUGGUUUUGCAGGUCACUGUUCCACCUGGGCACAGCAUAUGCGCUUUUCUCUUCCCCAUAAUUCUGUAGGGGCUGUGACUUCUGAAGCAUGAGUGGCAAAGGCAAACAGCUUCAGGUGCCCCUCUGGAGCUACCCUACCUCAUCUCCCCAGGGAGCAAUCACAGCCCAAAGUGGGGUCUUUGAUUGUGUGAUCUUUUCCCUUCAUGUUCAGCAAAAACCCUAAAAGUGGUAGAAUAAAGACCGGAUGGGCAAGUGCAGAGCAAUUCUGCUUCGUUGGGUUUCGGAGAAACCCACAGGCAGAUUCUGAACCUGGUGGUUCAUUCCACAUGUGGGAACUGUGGCUUUGAAGACCUCUGCACAUGAGAACAUAUUUCCAAGAGAGAGAAUUCUAAGGGGACAGGUCACCAUUAAAUGGCAUACAAGCAUAAUUCUGUUCAAAAAUUAACACCUGUUUAGAGGUGUGCCACAGUUAAAAACCAACCUGAACUUUGCAGUUAGAUUUUAAAAGAUGAUCACUUAGAACCUAAGUAGCUUAGGAUCUUCCAUUGAGUCAAACAUACAGUUAGAAAUCAACGUCUUUGAAAUUAGGAUGUGUGGUUUUUUUUUUUUUUUUGAGACGGAGUUUUGCUCGUUACCCAGGCUGCAGUGCAAUGGCGCAAUCUCAGCUCACCGCAACCUCCGCCUCCUGGGUUCAAGCAAUUCUCCUGCCUCAGCCUCCUGAGUAGCUGGGACUACAGGCACACACCACUACGCCCAGCUAAUUUUUUGUAUUUUUAGUAGAGAUGGGGUUUCACCAUGUUGACCAGGAUGGUCUCGAUCUCUUGACCUCAUGAUCCACCCGCCUCGGCCUCCCAAAGUGCUGGGAUCACGGGCGUGAAGGAUGUGUCUUUGAAUCAGUUGACUUCAGAGUUGAACUGGCAGCAGUUAUUUCUUGAGAUUACAUAACAUGAUGGUGCAUUCUAUAAUUGGCAGCAUCUUAGAUCUGAUGAAGUAUGACACUUGUUUGAUGGAAUGGUUGAGGGCAGAAUUUUGUUAAAAAGCUGUAUCUUCACUAUAUUUUAACACAUUAUCUAAUUUAAGAAAUUGUUAAAAUCCCCAACCUGGCGGAGGACCCAGUACAGAGUAGGUACUCAAUAGAUGUUACACCAACUUUGGAAGGGCAAAUUUAUUUCUUAGUGAGAGGCAGUCCUUCAUGCUUUUGCAAUAAAAAUGACUUUUAGAAAGAA